CCGCCCAGCCUCAACAGCCCGCGCUCAGGCUCCGCCAGCCAUGGGGCGGCGGUUCCACGCGCUGCGGCCGCUGCUGGCGCCGCUGUUGCUGCCGCUGCUGCUGCCGCCGCGGGCGCUUCCCCGGGCGCACUGCCCCGAGCCCUGCAGCUGCCCGCCAGACGGCGCCCUGCGCUGCCCCGGCCCACGGGCCGGCCUCACCCUACUAUCACUCACCUAUCUCCCUAUCAAACUAAUCCCAUCUCAAGCUUUCAGAGGACUUAAUGAGGUGGUAAAAAUUGAAAUCUCUCAGAGUGAUUCUCUGGAAAAGAUAGAAGCUAAUGCCUUUGACAACCUCCUCAAUUUGUCUGAAAUACUGAUCCAGAACACCAAAAACCUGGUGUACAUCGAGCCUGGAGCAUUUAGAAAUCUGCCCCGGUUAAAAUACCUGAGCAUCUGUAACACAGGCAUCCAAGAGCUUCCAGAUGUUACGAAGAUCUUCUCCUCCGAAUUUAAUUUCAUUCUGGAAAUUUGUGAUAACUUACACAUAACCACCAUACCAGGAAAUGCUUUUCAAGGGAUGAAUAACGAAUCCAUAACACUCAAACUAUAUGGAAAUGGGUUUGAAGAAAUACAAAGUCAUGCCUUCAACGGGACAACGCUGAUUUCCCUGGAGCUCAAGGAAAACACACACCUGGAGAAGAUGCACAAUGGAGCCUUCUGGGGAGCCACGGGGCCUAGCAUCUUGGAUAUUUCAUCCACCAAAUUGCAAGCCCUGCCUAGCUAUGGGCUGGAGUCCAUCCAUACACUCAUUGCCACAUCAUCCUAUUCUCUAAAAAAACUGCCAUCAAGGGAAAAAUUCACCAACCUCCUGGAUGCCACACUGACUUACCCCAGCCACUGCUGUGCUUUUAGAAACUUGCCAACAAAAGAGCAGAAUUUUUCAUUUUCCAUUUUUGAAAACUUUUCCAAACAAUGUGAAAGCACAGCAAGGAGACCAAAUAAUGAAACACUUUAUUCUGCCAUCUUUGCUGAGAGUGAACUGAGUGCCUGGGAUUAUGACUAUGGUUUCUGCUCACCCAAGACACUCCGAUGUGCUCCCGAACCAGAUGCUUUUAAUCCCUGUGAAGAUAUUAUGGGCUAUGACUUCCUUAGGGUUCUGAUUUGGCUUAUUAAUAUCCUAGCCAUCAUGGGAAAUGUGACUGUCCUCUUUGUUCUCCUGACUAGUCGUUAUAAACUGACAGUGCCCCGUUUUCUCAUGUGCAAUCUCGCCUUUGCAGACUUUUGCAUGGGGCUCUAUCUGCUGCUCAUUGCCUCAGUUGAUUCCCAAACCAAAGGACAAUAUUAUAACCAUGCCAUAGAUUGGCAGACAGGGAAUGGGUGUAGAGCAGCUGGCUUUUUCACUGUAUUUUCAAGUGAGCUUUCUGUCUACACACUCACAGUUAUCACACUAGAAAGAUGGCACACUAUAACCUAUGCUAUUCAGCUGGACCAAAAGCUGCGUUUAAGACAUGCCAUUCCUAUUAUGCUUGCAGGAUGGCUCUUUUCUACUCUAGUUGCCAUGUUGCCCCUUGUGGGUGUCAGCAAUUAUAUGAAGGUCAGCAUUUGCCUUCCCAUGGAUGUGGAAACCACUCUCUCACAAGUCUACAUAUUAACCAUCCUGAUACUCAAUGUGGUGGCCUUCAUCAUCAUUUGUGCUUGCUACAUUAAAAUUUAUUUUGCAGUUCAAAAUCCAGAGCUGAUGGCUACCAACAAAGAUAAAAAAAUUGCUAAGAAAAUGGCGGUCCUCAUCUUCACUGAUUUCACCUGCAUGGCACCUAUCUCUUUUUUUGCCAUCUCAGCUGCCUUCAAAGUGCCCCUUAUCACAGUAACCAAUUCUAAAGUUUUACUGGUUCUUUUUUAUCCUGUCAAUUCUUGCGCCAAUCCAUUUCUGUAUGCGAUUUUCACAAAGGCAUUCCAAAGGGAUUUCUUUCUGUUGCUGAGCAAAUUUGGCUGCUGUAAACAUCGGGCUGAACUUUAUAGAAGGAAGGAUUUUUUGGCUUAUACCUCUAACUGCAAAAAUGGCUUCACUGGAUCAAAUAAGCCUUCUCAGUCCACCCUGAAGUUGUCUACAUUGCACUGUCAAUAUACAGCUAUCCCAGAAAAGACUUGCUAUAAAGAAUGUUAACUGUUUUAUCAGUAACCACAUUAUUGAGUAGUACUUAAACAUGUAAAAAAUAAUCUGUACCAGUAAUUUUAACAUAAACAGUUGGUGUUAGGAAACUAUUUAUUCUCAAGCACAUUGAGCAAAAACAAGAUAUCUACCUAGCUCAAAGUGUUGUCCGUGACCAUUGCCAAUCUAAAAACUACUUGUCAUUGGUACAUGAUGACACAAAAUACAAAAACUGAAAGUGUGUAGAAACAUUUCUAGCAAUUUUGACAGAGUAAUUUAAUGUCUGUUGAAUCUAGUGCUUUUGAAUGAGGUGGUAUUUUACAUAUCUUUGCUUCUUUCUCAUUUCACCUUUGUAGUAAUUUUUACUGCAAUUUAUUAGUCCAUUACAGAUUUGAAAUUUAAAAUAACUGGUUCUUUCCCUCAGAUAGUUUGAAAAACACACUGCAGAGAUGCACUGUCCAAUCUGGUAGCCACUAGCCAUAUGCAGCUAAAUUAAAGUUAAAAUGUAAUUUCUCCCAUAGAACUUCUAGAAGAAACUAUAGGCUGUAAUUUCUUUGACAUCGGCCUUAGCAAUACUUUUCUAGAUAGUAUCCUCGGGCAAGGAGAGCAAAAGUAAAAAUAUAUGCAAAUGAUAUAUCUGAUAAGGCAUCAAUAUCCAAAUAUAUAUAUAUAAAGAAGUCAA